AUGGGUAUCUUACGCACUGCAGCGUUGACCGGCCUCGUGGGCCUCGGCGGCGGUGUUGCUGGCGUCGGCGCAGGCAUGGCUUAUCUCUUGGGGGUUACGGCCGUCGUCCCUCUAACCAAGGACGACCAGGCGUUCAAGACCAGAACAUGGUCGCGAAUUAACCCGAGAAGCAACCCGGCUCUCAAGGAUGAUGUGAUCAGGGUCGUCCCGCUCAGCAAGCUCCGGCCGGAGCUGCGUAACGAUGAGAAAGCGCUCACUCUCGAGUUCUGCCGAGGCGUCUGGAGCCGGUGGGCAUUUCACAUACACAGCUUAAUCCAACAGCGCUACGAUAGACCGCCGGGAACAGACGACAAUCUCUGGCACACGUCUGAGCUGGCGGUCUCCAAGUUCAACAAAGGCUUGCGGUUCUCGAAUCAUUUCGAGGUCGUUGACAACUCCGGCAGCGAGAUCGUGGUUCGCUGCGGCGGUUCUCCCAUGGAGUCGGGCUUGCGCAAGUCGGAUGGCCUCAUCUUCCUCAGUGCUAAGAUCGACCCGGAGCAGCAACUUGCCAUCUUUCAUUUCAAGUCGGCGUUGUUCAGCAGCGGGGCACCCAAGGGGGAGAGCACGGCUCACUCACUCCCGCCCAAGGUCGUGAAAUUGCAUGAAUGGUAUUGUCGGAUGUUGUCGGAAAGCGCCAUGGCGAAUGUCAAAGAAUGA